AUGGACUUUUGUGCAUCUGCAGCUGAUACUUCUCUAUUUGUGUUUUGCUCUAAGCAUGUUACUCUGUAUCUACUUAUCUAUGUGGAUGAUGUCUUACUAAUUGGGAACUCCCAAAGUGCUAUUCAUAACUGCUUUCAGGAGCUCUCUCGUCAUUUCUCUCUUAAGGAUCUAGGCUCUACUACUUUCUUUCUUGGUAUUCAACUUCUUCGGCAUUCUAAUGGGGUACUUCUUAGUCAGCGUCAAUACAUUACUGAUCUGCUACAGCAAUCUCACAUGGAUGCUGCUAAACCUAUUUCCUCUCCUAUGGUUGUUCACCCCAAGCUUACUCGUCAUGAUGGCUCUCCUCUUACUUACCCUACUAAGUAUUGGGGUGUUGCUGGUACCCUUCAGUACGUGGCUAUCACCCGUCCAGACAUCUCCUUUGUCGUCAGCAAGGUCUCUCAGUUCCUGCAGGCCCCUACUGAUGUUCACUGGGCAACUGUGAAACGCAUCUUGCGUUAUCUUAAACAUACCAUUAUGCAUGGUCUGCACAUCUCUCGGACGUCGUCUACCUCUCUUACUCUUCAUGCAUUUUCGGAUGCUGACUGGGCAGGUUGUCCGGAUGACCGACGUUCCACUAGUGGAUUUUCUAUAUACUUAGGGCCUAAUCUCAUUGCAUGGAGCUCCCACAAAUAG